GACAUUUCUGUCACGUGAUUAAGAGGGAGUGUGCUUCCUCAAUCGGACACUUCCACUUCCUACUGGGCCGGUAUCAAUCUUGUGCAAAAAUGUCACAUCAAACGGGAAUAUCAGCUUCCAAAAAUUUGGCAGACUUCUUUGCCAUUUGUAAGGAUGGAAGUAUUCGUUUGGUAAAGAUCUCUAUUGAAAAUGAACAACUUGUACUUUCUCACAAUGAAAAACCUGUCAACACUUGGGAGGAUGAUUAUGACCAGCUGAUAUUGCCGCUGUUGGAGGAAAAGCAGCCAUGCUAUAUCUUCUUCCGCACAGAUGAAAAAGGAGGCACAGGAAUGGCAUUUCAGUGGAUUUUCAUCAGUUGGUCCCCUGAUUUUUCACCAGUCCGACAGAAGAUGUUGUACGCUGGAACCAGGGCCACUUUGAGGAAGGAGUUUGGCGGCAAUUACAUCAAGGAUGAAGUUUUUGGAACUGCAAAGGAGGACGUGACACUGGCGGGCUACAGGAAACACCGGCAGUCCCAGCAGGCACCAGCGCCGCUCACGUACGCCGAGGAGGAGCUGGACAUGAUCAAGAAGAAUGAGGUACAUGCAGAGAUCGGCGUGGACACGAAGCACCAGACGGUCCAGGGGGUGAUGUUCCCCCUCACACAGGGGGCCCGGGACAAGCUCGAGGGCUACAAGGAGGGCAUGUACUCGUAUGUUCAACUUAGUUUAGAUCUCAAGGCAGAAGUGGUGGAUGUUGAGUGUGUAGAAGAAGACUUGAACCUGUCCAGGCUCACAUCCAAAGUCCCCACUGACCAUGCCCGCUACCAUCUUGUCAACUUCAAACACUCGCACGAAGGAGACUAUAUGGAGAACACAGUGUUCAUCUACUCCAUGCCGGGGUACAAGUGUUCCAUCAAGGAGAGGAUGCUCUACUCCAGCUGCAAGUCCCCCCUCACAGACACUCUGGAGAAGUCCAUCGGCAUCGCCAUUGUGAAAAAGAUCGAGAUUGAUGACCCAAAAGAAUUAACUGCAGAAUUCUUGCAAGAGGAGAUCCACCCCAAGAAGAAUGCAGUGCGCCAAGCGUUUGCCAAGCCGAGGGGCCCUGGGGGCCGUGGUCCACGGAGAAUGACAAAACCCACACCAGCGGGAGAAGAUUGAUACGGCAGAUGGUUAGACUAACACCUCAUGUCACCAGCAUCAUCAUUUCGUCAUCGCUUUGCACCAUGCUCAGGACAGAUCUUUAGUAUUUAUGUUUUCUUUAGGGCUGUUAUGUGAAUAGGAAAAAGUGACGGUUACCAUGGUUAUUUCUGUAAACUCCUUCAAGGAGGAUAUGUUAUCAGGGGUCCGGAAAAUUUAAAAUCCCAAUCGGUCAUUUGCAUUUAAGCCACGCCCCCUUCAAAUAGCGUAUUUUCGUACGACUUUUCACACACAUUACAAGUUUUUACGUACAGUGUUCCCUCGUUAUUGAGCCCUUGGAUUAUAGCGCGGUAGAGCAUGGCUCCCAUGAAUAUAUGGCCAAUUUUCUUUCUGAUUUUUAAAGAUUUUUGUGAGGCAAGAGGGAAAAUUUAAAACUUUUUCCAAAGAAAAAAUGAACACAAAAUGAUAUCAGAAAAUCAAACAACGAGAUUAAUCCUAAAUUAGACAAGCUUUUUCUCUUCUUUUUUUCAUUUUUCAAAUUUAUGGCUUGGGUUGUCCAGAAAACAAAAAAAUUGUUUUAGCCUGAUGUUAUUUCAGAAUAUAAAUUGAUUAAUUGAAUAAGUUGACACCUUUAGAAAGUGAAAAGAAUGAAUUUGUAUGGAAAAUGUUGCUUUCAGUUUCAGUAUUCAUGUUUGAAGCCAACACUUUACAUUAGGAACGGUUAAGUUUUGUUAUUGUUUUCAUGAGGAGCGUUGUGUUCAUGUUGAAAUAUGUUUUUAUGAUAAAAGAAUCUAUAUUUUUGUUAUCAGAGUUUAUUUCUGAUGAGUUGGUUUGUGAAUGACAGAUGGUAACACGAUCAGGAAGACAAAAAAGUGAAAAGUAGGUUUGUAGAAUAAUUCAAUAUAUAUAUAUGGUUUUAGUUAUAAUUUAAAAAUCUUAUUGUAUAGAUGAUUCAUUGAAUUCGAAGUAUUCUGUUGCCAUUAGAGCAUUAUUGAUCUUCACUGAGAAUUUAUCUUGAAUGAGAGUUUUUCAACUUUGAAUGUAUUUGUUUAAAAAUGGUCCCGUUCACAUUUUGUUGAAACAGGAAGAGUCAUCUCCCUUGCUUGGGAGCACUUCAAGGAAUGUACAACUGCUGAAUUUUCUUUCAUUAUGUUCUCUGUAUUUCUUUUGAGUUCAUAAUUAUCGGCAAUACGGUACAGGGAAACUUUAUUCUGAAUGUACAUGGUUCACUGUCACGUAAUAUAUAUCUGGAACCGGUUACAUAACUCAUUCACAUUUCAAAACUGCAAAGGUGUUUUAUGUAUAAGACUACAUUUACAGAAUUGUGCCACUUUUUAUUCCACAUUAAGAACUAUAAAAAAUUGUAAGUAAAGUCAUUUCUUAAAAAAUUCAGUUCAGAUCACAGUGACUUUAACCAUGACAGAAUAUACCCAAUUAUAUUUUUGUCAAACCUGGUUGUCAGUUCCUGCUGGUUAUGAAAAAUGACAAGUGGUGAUGAAUGUUAUCAGGCACACCUUUUUGUUAUGACCCCUGAUUAAUCGAAGCACGUUACACCAGAGUCCCCCUGUAUACUGUCACAUGACAAACAUUUAUUUUUUUAAGGAUGUCUGCUGGUUUGAUUUUGUGUUGACUACACAGCUCAAAUUGUCGUGUCACUUAACAACAAUUUUUAAUCUAUCGCCAAUAUCAAUCGGUGCUGCCGAAAAUCAUAGAACAAGGUCAAAUAGUUAAUGAUAUGGUGGUUUAAAACAAUAUUAAUUCCGAUUUUAAACAGAUCAGUUUUUGCCGACAGCUGACAAAAUUGGUGGGAGAAGUGAUUCCAUGUUCUUUGGAACCAAGACCUCUCUAUAUUGUAACCUUGAUGUCUGAUAGCUCUGUAUCUCAUUGAUGGAAUUGUCUGCAUCACUUCGAGCUUUCCUCCCUCAUUAAGCUGACACGUCGUGAUACAACUGUAAUACAGUUAAAAGCAAUGUUAAACUCACCCAUUCACUCACUGAUAGACGUCGCUAUAUAAGCGCAAUAAUCUUGGACGCGACGUUAAACCCAAUUUCACCUCACUUACUGAUAGAAUGUCACUUCACACAAGAUUAAUGGAAAUAUGUAAAUGAACACAUUUUCUUCUAUUUGCUCAAGCAUUAUUAAUUGUUUUUUUGUAUGUGAACCAUUCGUUAUGUGGUUAGAAUAUUAAAAAUGUUAAAUACCUUUUUUUCAAUUCUAUUAUUAUUCAAAUGUGUUCACACAGUGAGUGAUUUUUAUAGUAAUUUGUGACAUUGAUGUGUCUGAAGCAAGGUAAUGAUCACUAUCCAUGCUAACUGCCUUCUUUUUUCAACUUAACAAAAUACCUACCUACGAAAAUACUUUGAAAAAAUACCAGCGGACAUCUUUAAGUGCCAGAAGUUGUAUUUGUUUUUGUUAGCCCUGCCAACAUUCCUGGUAUACUGUUUCUACUGAGAAAAAGUCUUUUGUUUCUGUCUGGGUCAUUAAUGCCCCUUUUGUCAUUUGUACACAGCAAGGGUGGGUAACUCUGCAUGUUACAUAACAAGGGCAGGUAACUCUGCAUGUUACAUAACAAGGGCAGGUAACUCUACUGAUCAUUUGUACACAACCAGGGCACAUAACUCAAAACAUGUUUUCAUGGCACGUCAAAAUAUGUCUUAGAUUUUGCUUACCUCAGCCAGAAACAAAAGACUUUUCAUUCUUGGCCAUGUAGAAGUUCUCAGGAUCUCUUGUGUUGAAUUCAGAUUGUUAUUGAUUGCUUGCUCAGACUCGGUAUUCCAUUUCUUUUAUGUUCAGUUCUGUUUUAACCAAUCACACAUCAUAAGGAGUUCAAACCAUUUCAUCAGUUUAAAAAUAUCAGUGAACAUUCUGUGCGAUAGUUACGUCCAGACAUUGUGGAGUGAUCACAAUAACAAACAUACUUCUGAUCACCAGGAGUUGCAAUACAAAUACUAUUCAUACAAAAGAAAAUUGAUUUUGGUGGUGCUUAACUCAUAGCAUACUGAUGGUAAAAAAGAAAAUGUUGACUUUUAUAGUAGAACUGCUUCACAUCAGUAAAUUAAGUCACUGCAUGAAAUGUUAGAAUAUUAUGUGAAAAUUGAUGUGACUUUCUUCAAGGACAAUUGUCAAUCACAUGUUUAUCUUAUUAGCCAUUCCCAUUUAUAUUUCCAUCAAUAUGUCUGGAGUUCACUGCAUUGUCCUGUACAUAUGUAUCACAAAAAUGUGGUUGGCUUGGCUUGGCUUGGCUGUGUUUGUAGGGUUAUAACACCCUUUUCUAGUAAUUUCUAAUUUUGACAUUCUUUAUCUGAUUGAUUUAUAUUUUAUACUUGUCACUGGAAAAGGAACUGUAUACUGAGAGUUUAAAUCAAUGUUUAUAUCAGUAGUCCUGGAAUGGUAUUGUUAUGGGUGAUGUUGUUCUGAAUGCGUACAAUUCAAGGCAAAUAAUACAAAAAUAAAAUAAACUUUUCUGACACUAUGAUCAAGAGAGCUUUCAAGUUGAGAUAGGUCACAAUAUAUGAACAAAGACAGUGUUACAGAUCUCAUUACACAAACCUGCUGCUUUAUCAAGGUUGUUUAUGAGUAUAUUUUAUUUUAUGAAUGAAGCAUUGGAGAGGAAUAUUUAAUAUAUGAAACGCAUACUGGGUAGGUACCUACAGGUGUUGUGUAAGGGCAUUGACAUGAUUAUGUUGCAAUAUAUACUUCUAUCUAAAUAGUUCAAAUUUCCGUUUCUGCUUUAAUGAAAAAAAACAUGAUUAACAGUAAGACACACUGCAGUCAUGGAGAAGAUGUCUUUGACAGAAUAUCAUGGUGGUCUGACUCGGUCACUUGGCCGAUUCCUGUCAUCGUCCCCCAAGACAAUGCUGCUCAUUCAGUCAGUCACUGGUUUGUCUGGUCUGACUUCAUCAUUACAGACUGCUGUGAUAUACUGUAGCUGCAAUAUUGCUGUCUUCUGCAUUUACACAAAACAUCCUUGCCCUUUGUGUAAGGUAAGAUGGUGGUAGGUCUUCGUGUAGCAAUAGGAAUUGGGAAUAUUAGUUUGAAGAUGAUGACAAUUUUUGCCAUAAACUUUAACAUAUUUUAAUUAAAAUGAUUGUCAUUUCCAUUUUUAUCAUGUACCACUGGAGAAUUACAUCCUUAUCUGUCCUGCCUCAGUACAGUGUAAGGGCGGGUAACUCUAAUCACUUCACCAGCAUGGCAACAUUAUUUCAUUGCCUUGUGGCUCUACAUUUAGAUUCUAUAUAUACUACAGAAGAAACUGUCUCUGUCUGUCAUUGCAUCCAUAUUUGCGAAGACGAACAAAUACUUUUCAAGCUUUAUCACCCCUAGAAGUCCAAUUCAAGAAAACAUUGUGGUGAUUAUAGGGUCAUGUUUGCAGUGUUAAAAAUUAUACAAUUAAAGACUUAGUCCAAAUUUUGACAAUAGAAUUUGGAACUCCUCAAAGUUGUCAAGAACCCUGUGUGUACCGAUAACUUUUACGGAAACUAUGACCAAAAUGUUAUCUAUUAUUCAGGAGAAUAACUUAAAUAGUUAUGAGUAAAAAUUCAAUGGUUGAAACGGUGGUAAGAGUGUUAUGGCUGAUUAUAUUUUGAUGGUUUUAUGCAACUAGAUCGGUAGAUGUACACGUCAUGUUUAUUUCUGGAAAUCAUCAACCACGUUGUCAGACAACCGUCCACCCUGCUGAUAACAGCACCAACCGCAGCUGUACUUUGACUGUCAAAUAUAUUUUGCAAAUCGUAUUUUGAUGGAACAUGUUAUUUUCUAAUAGUGCUGUCUUAUCUGUUUCCGACUUGUUUGAUCAUGUGCUUAGCUUAGCUUCGACUUCCGGAUGGGUAUUUUUCUUUCAUUCCUUGACUUUCAUACUAUACUGAACAAAAAGAGUUAAGGAUAAUGAAUAUUUGGGGGGAUCUUUUUUUGUAAUUACGACUGAAGACUCAAUUUUAUAAAAAAAAUACCCUAAAAAUAUUCAUGAUCCCAAAGUUUUGUUCAGUAUAUUUCAGGUGAGUGCUGGUCGAUGGGUUCAACCUGUUUAUACAUCUUUGCUUAUUGCUAACUAUUAACAAUGUAUAUAUGGAUAUGAAGUGCAUUGUUUGUACGUAUGUACAUAGUUUUUACCUUGUACACUCCUGGGCAAUUUAUGAUAUGAACAACUAUCUCAAAGGUGUGGAAACCGUGCAAAAUGUCUCUAUGAAAGUGGAUAGAAAUAUGAUGUCUGAAUAGCUGAUACCUACUGACAUUAAUAUAGAAGUUAUCAUAGAGCAAGUGUGAAGUUUUCAGAAUAUUUCUGAUGGAAAAGUGAAUUGUGAAUUUAUUUAUAACAAAUGAAUUGAAAUAAUUAUAUUCAAACAUACAAAGUAAUUAGUAAGAAAUUUAUUUUAUAAACAGUUAUAAUGAAUAUAGUAAUUAUUGCUUUUGUGAAUUUCUGCAGAUUUGAGAUGGCUACUACCAAUAAUUAUUGAUUAUGACUAUGAUUAUGAUAAUUCAGUGGUCAGUUCAUCCGCCUCACCAUGCCUCAUCUGUGUUUUCCAUACUGUGGUGCAAUCUAUACUUUCUAUGUAGGAGUGUUCUGCUGGAGCUCUGCUGAAGGCUCUGCUUGCCUCCGUUGUUAACCGUGAUACCUGUCAACAAGGAGUGUUGAGAUUGUUAGCAAAUAUUCUGUAAAAUACCUUUCAUGUAAAUAUUGAUACUAAUGAAUAAAACAAUGAUUUGUUCUCCCA